AUGGACAUCGACCGAGCUGACAGUCUCUCACCCACGAACGAGGCUUCUCUACCCUUUGUCCACGAUGUCAUCAUAGUCGGAGCAGGACCGUGUGGUCUCGCAGUGGCGGCUCGACUCCGCGAACAAACACCAUCUGCCCUCUUUACCGACGAGGAACACCAGAGAUAUCACUGGAUCAACCGACACGCCAGCAAGGCUGCGAUCAAGAACUCCAAGACGGGUAACAUUCAAGCGAAGCCCAACAAGAAGCCGCAAGUAUCGAUGCUCGUAUUGGAUAGCUCUGGUACCAGCUGGAUGGCGAAGUGGAACCGACUGUUCUCUGCGUUGGAGAUCUCGCAUCUGCGAAGUCCACUGUUCUUCCACCCGGAUCCGCAUGAUCGAGAUGGGUUGUUGGCAUACGUCCAAUCGAAAGGUCGAGAGAACGAGUGUAUUGAGAUCGCAGGUUGUGUAGGAAAAGAGCUCAGCAAGCACCAGAUGAAGAAGCGGAGGAACAGUCGCAAAGCUGGAGAGCAACUGAGACCCACCAUCACAAUCGACGAGCGUGAUCGAAAGGACUACUUCGCUCCUCCCAGUGAUGUGUUCAAGGACUACUGCAACUUUAUCGCCAAGCGAUACUCGCUUCUCGACAAAGACCUGAUCCAACAGGCAUCCAUGUCCGACAUCGAAUACGACUAUAUUCCACAACUAUCCGCCGACGAGAAGCUCUUCACUGUCCGUACCGAGGACUCGACCUUCUACGCCCGCAGCGUAGUGCUCUCUGUUGGAGCUGGCAAUGCGCCUUGCAUUCCCAAACCAUUUCCACAAAAUGGAUGCCCAGCUGCAUGUCAUGCGUUUCAACCACUUGAUGCUCCUUUGCGAGAGCGACUACGAAAGAGGAUGCCGACGAACGUGUUGAUCAUUGGAGGAGGUUUGACAAGUGCGCAGAUUGCAGAUCGAUCGAUCAGGCAGGGAGCCACGAAGGUGUUCCACAUCAUGCGAGGACCGAUGAAGGUUAAACCAUUUGAUGUCGAUCUGAGCUGGAUGGGCAAAUUCCGCAACCACGAAAAAGCUUCCUUUUGGAGUGCCGAUACAGACGAAGAACGUGCCGAGCUGGUAAAAUCUGCCCGAGGAGGCGGAAGCAUCACUCCUCGCUAUGCAAAGAUCCUCCACCAACACGUCGCCUCAGGCAGACUCACUCUACAUACUCACACGACCGUCGCCUCGCACUCCUACUCCCCUCUGACCGGCACCCACACCCUGAUCACUGAGCCUCCGAUCUCGUCACUUCCGGAGUUUCACUUCAUUUAUUUCGCAACCGGCGUACAAAGCGACUACCAAACUCUUCCGUAUCUCCAAACGAUGCUGGCCAAAUAUCCUAUGGAGUCGAUCGAUGGGCUUCCGGCGUUGACAGAAGACCUGAUGUGGGAUGAAGAUGUUCCGCUGUUCAUGACUGGCAAGUUCGCCGCGCUGAGACUCGGACCUGGAGCCGGCAAUCUGGAAGGGGCGAGGAUUGGUGCGGAGAGGAUCGCUUGGGCUAUGCCGGAUGUUUUGAGGAAGGGCAGUGGUGGCGUGUAUCACAGUGAGGCUGGAGAAGAGGAGAAAGAGGGUGUCCAGAGUGGAGGGUAUCGGUAUGCUGCUGGGAUCGGCAGCCGAUAUGAGAGUCUGGCGGUCGAAGGAUGA